CCCAAGCCAGCGGUGACGUUAAAGAGACGCGUCAGGAUUUUCCCGUGAUCCUUUGCUGCAGCUUGUCCCUGACCUCUGUCGGCUGUGCGCUAAAAGACGGACAGAAAUGGUGCCUCCUGUGCAGGUUUCUCCUCUCAUUAAGACAGCCAGGUACUCGGCUCUGCUCGUGGGGCUCAUCUACGGCAAAAAGCGCUAUGAUUACCUGAAGCCCAUAGCGGCGGAGGAGAGGAGGAUCGAGGAGGAGGAGAAGAAAGUGAGGGAGGAGCAGGAACGCAUCGCUAAACAGCUGGCUGAGGCAAACGAAGACACGAUCCUGAAGUGAGCGCUCUGGAGUGUGUGCUGUGUUUAUGGACCCGUUCUGGAGGUCUCGCUGUUCUUCUCUUCGUCCCUCACCUUCCUCACCUUCUUCUACAUUAAUACCUGCUGUUUUACAAUGAAUAAGAUUUCUGUUUAUUAGUAAAAUUACAUCACUAUCCAUGA